AGGACGGGUGAGUAUGGCCGCCGCCAUCUUGCCGCGCAGGGGCUGAUGGGAAACUAUUACCUAUCAACUUUACUCUCCGGCUUCCAGGAUGAUGAUUCCCAAGUAUGUGUGACCAUGACACUGACUGGCUGUCACUGAGACCAGUGGAACCCACGCCCGCCCAGUGCUGUGGCAGCGGCUGUACCCCCUGUGUGUAUGAUCUCUACGAAGCCCAGUUGGAAUUGUGGGAGAAAGCCAAAGAGAGGCAAGAUCCGAACCUCCUCACUAAAAGCAAAGUACAGAGCCACAACUUGCCUUUGAGUUCAGAAACAUUCACUGAGUUUACGCUCUGCUUAGUAGAACAAGAGACGGAUGACACCAACCGCUACAGAUUUCAGCUGCCGCCUGGGGCUGGUUUGGGACUGAAGUUGGGACAACACCUAGUGCUAAGGGGAACAGUCAAUGGAUUGGAGAUACAAAGAGCAUAUACCCCCAUUAGUGCCAUAGAUGUGACGGGCUACUUUGAGGUAUUAAUAAAGAUUUAUGAGCACGGCUUGAUGUCACAGUGUAUAAAAUGCUGGAGACCAGGAGCAUCUAUAGCAUGGAGGGGACCCUUUGGGGGCUUCUCAUACACACCCAACAAGUACGGGGAGCUACUUAUGCUGUGCUCAGGAACAGGAAUAGCUCCAAUGCUUCCUAUCCUGACCCAUGUGACAGACAGUGAAGAUGACGAGACCUUCAUCACCCUGAUCGUUUGCACUCGGACUUUUAAAAAUCUUUAUAUGAAGAGCUUUCUAAAGGAACAGGCCAGAUACUGGAAUGUCAGGACCUUUUAUGUCCUUAGUCAGGAGCAAUCGCUAGAAAACCUGCCCCUGAGCUAUAGGGAGAACUCAAAGCUUGGAAGAAUAGACUCCGCCUUCUUAGCAAUGGUGUUGGAGACCUGCAGGCGGAAACCCUACACUCUCCUCUGUGGAUCCGCAUCAUUUACUGAGGACAUGACAGACCUGCUGACACAGCAGGGGCAGGACCACCGCUCUGUCUUUUCUUUCUAACCGGCUAGUGAUAUUGUGACUAUAACCAUUGAAGUGGGACUCACUGUCUGUGGAUAGUGUUUUAUGGGACUGUAUAUAACAGAUUGGUUAUAUAAUUCUGCAACACCAGCGUUUUUAUGUCUGAGAGAUGCAUUUUGAUACCUGGCAGCAACUGCGGCCCGCAGCGCAGUUUGCCGGUGUCGGCAAACUGCGCAUCCUCGGCAUGCGCACAGUGCCAAUGGAUACGACCGCACUGUGAUUGACAGCCGACAGCAUUGCAGGGGCGGUGCAGGAAAAACGGGGGCGGGAUGGUUGCGUGUGACGUCGCAUGCAGCCACUCCGAGAAAAAAAUUGUCCCCCAGGCUGCGCUACCAGGGGUCAACCUUAGAGCCAAAGAAACGAAAUGGACCUCUAUUGCGCAGGAUAGGAGCAGCUAAGAAUUUUGGUCAGGGGCUAUCACCACCUGGUGAAUGGAAAAUAAUUACGUAGAAAAAGUAAUAACUCUGCGCUCCACAGUUAGAUUUACAAUGCAGGGUACAUUCAAUAACUUUCAAUUCAUAAAGAAUAAUACUUCCCUAUUCAGAUGAGUAUUGGAAUAUCUUGUUGUAUGUAAAGGUAAUGGAUUCUUCAGAUAAACAUUUCACAAACACUG